UGAAAGUUUCAUUUUGCACAAAAAAUCCUUCUCGUCAUAUGUUUCUCGAAGCUCGGUCAUGAAUGAAUGAAUGAAUGAAUGAAUGAAUGAAUGCAGAUAAAUAAUAAAGGCUUACAGUAAAGACUAACAUUCCAGGAUGGACUUCUGAUCAUAUCUGUAAGACUCCUCCUCAGGCAAGUUUAUGCAUGCGCCACAGAGCGACAGUCACUCAACAAAGGACACUCAACAGGAGUACAGCUGACUUGUGGCAGAAGCGUGUCAAAAUGAAUGAUUCAUACGACGACAUUUACAAUAACCUAGAGGAGCCGUGUGAUGCGCAGGUGAGCCCCACAGUGCAGCACGUUCUCCAGGUCUAUGUGUACUCCAUCAUUUGCAUCCUAGGCUUCAUUGGCAACACCCUGGUCAUCCUGACGUAUGCCUUCUACAAGCGGACGAAGUCCAUGACGGAUGUGUACCUGCUGAACGUGGCUAUAGCAGAUAUCCUGUUUGUGGUGGCACUGCCUCUGAUCAUCUUCAGCGAGCAGAACCAGUGGGCUUUGGGAACAUGGUCCUGCAAGCUGCUGCGCGGCAUCUACAGCAUCAACCUGUACAGUGGCAUCCUCCUCCUGGCCUGCAUUAGCUUGGACCGCUACCUGGCUAUCGUUCAGGCCCGCAGGUCCUUCUGGCUGCGCUCCAGAACCCUCGUCUACAGCUACCUGAUCUGUGCUGUGGUCUGGCUUAAGGCGUUCUUGUUGUCCUUGCCCACAUUCAUCUUCUACGAGCAUUACGAGGUUGGUGAACUGGGCACUGAAUACAGCUAUUAUAAUGAUGAAGUGACAGAUAAUUCUACUACAGAUGGAGAGGAAGACAAGUCUCAUUAUGUGUGCUACUUCCGCUUCACUAACAACGACACCGCCCAGCAUAUGAAGCGUCUGGUGCCCAGCGCCCAGAUGGCAGUGGGCUUCUUCCUGCCGCUGCUGAUCAUGGGAUUCUGCUACUCACAAGUGCUCUUCGUCCUGCUGCGUGCCAGGAACUUCCAGAGGCACAAGGCCGUGCGAGUGGUGAUGACUGUGGUUCUGGUCUUCAUCGCCUGCCACCUGCCCUAUAACAUGGUGCUCCUGUACGACACCAUCACCAUAUUCUUCCAGAAGGAAUGCAGCGAGGAGAGAACCAUAAAGCUGGUUCUGUUCCUCACAGAGAGCCUGGCCUUUCUGCACUGCUGCCUCAACCCCCUGCUGUAUGCCUUUGUCGGAGUCAACUUCAGGAACCACUUCUGCAAGAUCGUAGAGGACGUCUGGUGCCUGGGGAAGAGGUACAUCGGGGCCAGGCGCUCCUCUCGAGCCAAUUCUGAUGGCUACUACUCCUCCAGGAGGUCCGUGGAAGGAGAAAACGCCACCUCCUUCACCAUGUGAACAAAAUCGCUCCACAAGUGAAAAAUAAACUAGUGACUUGUUGUGAGUUGUUACGACCAUCUUGGCUCACAAUCAAAGUAGACUGUUUCACAUUAAAGGCCACGGCUCACCGUCCCAGUAUUUCUCACAAAAAUUACUUUUACAAAAGUGAGAAUUACUAGAACUCCUUAAACAGCGUGAGUGGGGAAAGAACAGUGCAGAUCAGUAAAAUAGGGCAAGACAGUGUGAGUGGAAGAAACAUAAAUGAGAAACAGUGAAUGAUAAUGUGAACUUUCGACACAAAAAGAAAUAGGGCACAGCUUCAAAAAAAAAAAAAAGAAGAAUUUUGGAUAACUUAGAACAGUGAGAAAUGGUGCAAUGCUUUGUAGAACAGAAGGAAAUGGGGCAGAGCAUUGUAGAACUUUAAGACAUUUGGGCAAAAAUGUGUAGAACUAUAGGAAAUGGACAUGACAUUCUAGAACAGCGAGAUGGUGCAGAAAGUUGUAGAACAGCAAGAAAAGUUGAUAUAGAACAAAAGCAACAAAAGGCAUAAUGUUCUCUAAUACAGUGAGAAAUGGGGCAGAAAUGUGAAGAACAGAAAGAAAUGAAGAUGAGAAUCUAGAACUGUAUGAAAUGACUCAGAACUUAAAAAAGUUAAACAGUAAGAAAUGGGUAUAAUGGGGGGUGGAGGCAAGGGGGGGGGGGG